UCCUCACGCAAUUAUUUCCUUUUAAAUGCGCUGUCUUUGUCAUUACAGUAGUAUGCAGAACUUCUUAUAAGAGAGCACUCUACCAGCUGAUAAAAUGUCUUUACAUAAAACAUUUACUUGUACCUUUGUGUUAUUUGCAAUGUUAUUGCUUUCAAAUAUUGGUGGUGAGCAUCUACCUUAUAGAGACAUACCCCUUGGUUUCCUGGACAUUUCACAGUACCAAGAUUUGUACAAGAAUGCGUUCAAUAACAUGAAUCCAUUGUUGAAAGGUCCUCUCAUUCCGGUAGCUGAAAUGGUUUUCGAUACUGUUGAGUGUAUUUUGAAAGAUUUGUCUAUGAUUGGUUGCAAUAUGAACACGACUCUCGACUUAUUUGUGCUAUUGAGACAAUGCAGCGAUGGCAAAGGACUUCUGUCUGAACUCUCGAACAUUGAUAAGCUAGUUCCUGAAAUCGGUAGUCCACUUAUCAUUCCACCGACUACAAACGAUGCACUCUGCGGAGCUGCAUCAUGUGUGUCACGUACUAUCCCUGCAGAUAAAGUGGCUAUUUUAAGACAUGCCAACAGUGCUCAGCGACCUCUCAAAAGCAGCUCCGGUAUCAGCCAGGUUUGUUUGGAAUCAGACACACACAAGUUACUUUGAGUAGUUGUUAGUACUCCCAUGUAUCAAUCUAUGGAUAAUGAAAUAUGAAAAUUUUUCUGUAAUUUAAUAAUGAAAUUUGUAAUAACUGA